AGUUAUCCAUAUUUCAGUUUAGUGGGUGGCCCGCUGAGCGCGCAUGUCUACUUCCUGCUACCUUCCUCCUCUACUUUCCUUGGUUUAUAAAAACCCCUCCGUUCACAUUUCUCUUUGAAUUCAAACUCCAAUUUUCUAUAUUUGUCGGAUUGUUCGAAACCGCGUCAACAUUCACUCCUUUUCUUCUUUCUGGUUUGUUUACCUCAAUUCUAGCGAAGAAGAAACCCUAAAUUUAUCUGGAAAUCGAGGUGUGAUGAAUACUUUAGUCCAAGGAUAUAUGGCUCCGGCAAACGAUUUCCAGCUGAAUUGCCGGUCGAGAUCAGUUUUCCCCGAAGAAAACCGUGUUUUGGGGCGUAAUCAGAACCUCAUAAAUGGCGACGAAUAUCCAUCUGAAGGGGAAGUUUCCGUUACAUCGCAGGAUGAAGGGUCGUGUUCAUCGCCGGAGGGGGAGCUCUCUAAAGAAAUGGAUCACUCCGAUGCAAUUCUCAAGUUCAUAGGCAUCAUGCUCAUGGAGGAGGAGGAUUUGGAAAACAAACCGUGUAUGCUGCACGACUGCUUGGCUCUCCAAGCUACUGAGAAAUCGCUCUACGAUGUCCUCAACAACAACAAUUCCGAUCAAACUGACAGCUCAUCAGACAUCACCAGCUUCCUCGAGUCUAGUUGGAGUGACAAUAUGAGGGAUUUCGAAUCCGGCUCCGAAAUUCAGUAUCAGUCUACUCCGCCGCCGAGGGAGAAGAAGCACAGGUACAGGGAUGACGGCGGCGAUGAUUACAGGAGCAAUAAACAGUUGGCCAACAACGUCGUUGGAGGCGAAUCGGAGCCCUUGGAUAUAUUCGACAAGGUGCUGCUGUGUUCCAACUCAGACGCGGAUUUGAUGUCCGAUUGCAGAAAACCGGAUGAAAACGAGGCGAAGAAGAAAUGGCCGCAGCGGAAAGGAUCGGGCAGGGGGCGGCCGAGAGGAGGCAAGAAGCAAGGCGUGAUCAAGGAAGUGGUGGAUCUGCGUAGUCUGUUAAUGCAAUGCGCGCAGGCUGUAGCCACCUUCGACAGCAGGACCGUAAACGACCUGCUGGCUAAGAUACGGCAGCAUUCCUCCCCAAUGGGCGACGGCACCGAGCGCCUCGCCCAUUACUUCGCCAAGGCGCUCGAGGCCCGUGUGGCGGGAACUGGCUCGGCCGCCUACGCGGCCUUCUCCAACAGGAUAUCAGCCGCGGUGGUCCUGAGAGGUUACCAGACAUACAUCACGGCUUGCCCUUUCAAGAAAAUGUCGAAUGUUUUAGCCAACAAAACCAUCAAGAAACUCGCCCAUUCUGCAACAACCCUUCAUAUAAUCGACUUCGGCAUCCUGUAUGGAUUCCAGUGGCCCUGCCUCAUCCAGGCGCUCUCCGAGAGGCCCAUGGGGCCCCCCAAGCUCCGCAUCACCGGGAUCGACUUCCCACAGCCGGGGUUCCGCCCUGCAGAGCGGGUGGCCGACACAGGCGAUCGCCUGGCCAGGUACUGCCAGAGAUUCGGAGUCCCGUUCGAGUACAAUGCGAUAGCGCAGAAAUGGGAGACCAUCAAAGUGGAGGAGCUGAAGAUCGACAAGGAUGAGCUGGUGGUGGUGAACUCCCUGUACCGGCUGCAGAAUGUGCCGGACGAGACAGUUGUGGUCAACAGCCCAAGGGAUGCAGUGCUCAAGCUCAUCAAGAAGAUCAAUCCAGACAUGUUUAUCCAUGGAGUGGUGAACGGCACUUACAACACGCCCUUCUUCGUCACCCGCUUCAGGGAGGCGCUGUUCCAGUACUCGUCGCUCUUCGACAUGUACGAGGCCACGCUGCCCCGCGAGGACCCCAACAGGCUGCUCUUCGAGGAGGAGGUGUUCGGGAAGGACGCCAUCAACAUCAUAGCGUGCGAGGGGACGGAGCGCCUCGACCGCCCGGAGACGUACAAGCAGUGGCAGGCGAGGAAUGUGAGGGCCGGCUUCAGGCAGCUCCCGCUGGAUCAGCAGAUCGUGAGAUACGUUAAGAAUAAGGUGAAGGCCGAGUAUCACCAGGACUUCUCGGUUGAUGAAGAUGGGAAAUGGAUGUUACAGGGAUGGAAAGGCCGAGUUCUUCACGCCUUCUCUUGCUGGAAACCUGCUCACAACUGAUUCUUUUCUCACUUUUAAGAGGAUCCUUUUCUUAUCUUUUUUCCGGAACAUUUUGUACCAAAUACAUAUUUAUGCGUUCAAUAUUUCAUUGACUCUCUUCUUCAUCA